AUGGAGCAAUUUGAACAGCAAAAGGAGAGUUAGAAUACUGGAAGAGACGGCAGAGCGAUAAAUAAGAGAAUAAAGAAAUAGAAGACAAAGAAGUAGCAGCCUAGUGAGUAGCCAGUUGAGGAUUGCAGCAUUUGUUAUGGUUAGAUCGUAGACAAAGGUAUCAUUUAGGGAUGUUAGCAUACGUAUUGUUUUAAGUGCAUUGAGAUCUGGGCCUAACAGAAUCUAACUUGUCCAUAAUGUAGAGUCCAAUUUAGUCAGAUUUUGAGGGUGUGGAAAUAAGGUAAGGGGAAACGAUAAAAAAUGUAUGAUUUUCAUGCAAAUGAGGUGAAUUCGGAUGAGGAUGAACUGAUUUCUCUGGAUUUUUUGUAUUAGCCAAUAAGAUUAAUGCCAUACUUUACAAGGAUUUGGAGCCUUCCCUUUGUAAAUUUGAUAUUGAUAAGUUCGGAUUCAGAAUGA